AUGCCAUUCAAUGUGACAGUGGAACAUCCAAACACCUGGGUUGUUAGCCUUGAAUCUCAUAACAACAUAAGAUUGAGGGUUGACAUAAACAGUGUCUCUAAUCAUAGGGUAUUCAGGGUAUGGAGCAUGGUCAGAUGCGUUAAAUGCUACAGGCGAUUGGUCAUCAGGGACACCUUCGCCUCUUUCAAUAACCUGGAAAGUGUGACCAUGCAAAUGGAAAGGAUGCUUACCAGUAUCUUGGUUGUUAAGACGAAUGUCAAUGACGUCAUCCUUCUGCAACACAACAGCAUGCACGUUACCGUAGAUGUAAGCAUUGGUUGCAAAUUCACCGGCAGACAAAGCAGUACCAAUAAUAGGAACUUUAGGAGCAGUGUAAGUGACGUUGUUGAAGAAAGCGUAGUUAACACCAUUGCCCAAGUUAUUCAUGACAACAUCAACAGUGACAACAUGGUCAGCUUCAUCAUAAAGCUUCUCCUUAUUGAGAGGAGUCAAGUAGAAGUCAUCAAAGAAAUCAAGUUCAUCGACCAUGUACUCAUCUGGUUUGUCAGCCUCUUCAUCAUAGAUAAUGUAGUUGGUAGAGUUCAAAAUCAAAUCUUUAGGAAUCACAUCCAACAUAUCAUCAUCGAUCUUGUUCAUGAAAGCAUAGUUCUUGUCAGUUUCAUUCUUGGUAUGAAUCAAAACACCGUAACGCUGAGCAACAGUAAUGUAAAUCAUACUGGUAGAGUUUUUUUCCACAUAAAUACCAUCAACUUCAACAAUCUCGAACUCGUGAUCUUCCAUGUACAAGUAUUGAGAAACAAAACCACCAACAUUGAUGAUUCUGACAAAAUACGUCUUGUUUGGUUCCACGUGCCAAGUGUUGUUUCUGGUAUUGUUGAACAAAGUGUUUUGGGGAAUUGGUUCGGCACCGGUAGGAUUGUAUCUGUUCAAAAAUUUUGGAAUCAAAACAUCUGCAGUGUCAUGAUACCAUUCACCAACAGUCAAAACAACAUCUUCAUCGAACUCGAAUGGGUAUUUUCCAUCCUUUUCUUCAAUGAUGAAGACACCUCUCAAACCAUCUCCGUAUUGACCGGAAGUGUGAGAGUGGUACCAGUAAGUUCCCACUUGAUCAGGAACAGUGAAGUUGUACAACAUGGUGUCACCAGGAGCAAUAGGACAUUGAGUAACCAUUUCUGGGCCAUCCAUUUGAGAAGUUCCGUUCUGGAACAAACCGUGGAAGUGCAACGAAGUGUUUCUGUCAUCAAAACCAUUAUUCAAAAACAAUUGGACUCUGUCACCUUGCUUAACUCUCAAGGUGGGCAAAGGCCAAGUGUUGUUAAAACCCAUAACUUUACGUUCGAAAACGCCAUCAGGGUUACCAUCAACCCAUGUAGUCUGGAAGUACCAUGUGUGAGUUUCAGCAGAAACGAAGCUGUAAAGCAACGCAAAGAUGAAAACGGAAAAGGCUCUCAUAUUCCGUCAAAAUGUAUAGUCCCCCAGUGGAAUGUAAGAACAGGCUAA